AUGUUCCUUGAUUCAGAUGCUAGACCAACUAGCCAAGAGCAGCAUAUCCAUGAGUUCAAGGGUACAUACGCCGAGCUUGUAAUGGCGGAGAAAAGAUCCGUUGAAAUAUACCAGGCACAGUCGCAGCAGACGUAUCGUUCAUCUCCACCCAAGUCCAGCCCAAAGGUUCAACAUUGUCAACAUGGUGCUUUGGGCACAACCCAAGGACCCCAUCGCGACCUAUAUGACCCCAAGUGGUCGCAUCAAGAGACCAAGAUGUUCCCUCAGCCAGAUACUAGACCGAUCAGCCAAGAGCAGCUUAUCAAUGAGGUCAAAGGUAUCUACGCCGGGCUUGUGAUGGUAGAGAAAAAAUGCGUUGAAAUAUGCCAGUCCCAGUCGCAGCAAACAAACAAGUUGACCGAUGAGCAGUGGCAGGCGUUGAUAGCUCUGCAUCGAACGCUGUUACAUGAGCAUCACGACUUCUUUCUGGCAAGCCAGCAUCCAACUGCCACUCCUGCACUGAGGAGACUCCCACAAAAAUAUGCCAUGCCAGCGAGAAUGUGGCGGCAUGGGAUCCAUGGUUUCCUCGAAUUAUUAAGGCAUCGCUUGCCACAUUCGCUUGAACAUAUGCUGAGCUUCGUCUACUUGGCGUAUCAGAUGAUGGGCCUCUUGAUGGAGUCGGUUCCAGCAUUUCAUGAAACAUGGAUUGAAUGCCUCGGCGAUCUGGCUCGAUAUCGAAUGGCGAUUGAGGAAACAGAUAUGAGGGAUCGUGAAAUUUGGUCAAAUGUGGCAAGGACGUGGUACAACCGUGCUGCUGAUCGCUCGCCAGAUACUGGACGGAUCCAGCACCAUCUAGCGGUACUAGCUAGACCUAAUGUCGUCAGCCAACUUUUUUACUACUCAAAGGCAUUGGUAUGUGCCACUCCAUUUGUUGACACCAGAGAGUCGAUUGAGCGUCUAUUCUCGCCGUUGCUGGACCAGCCAAAUGAAGUUACAACUCGAAAUAUCCUCCCCUUCUUACGUGAGGCCCAAGAGAACCUGGAUCGACAGAAUUUCGUUGGUGGCCAAUGGCCUGAAGAUUUCCUCGUGCGUGGCUUGCUUUGGGCACUAUACUACUAUCCACCCGACCUUUUCGAGGGCCAAAAGGUCGAUGAGAACGAAAGCAUGCUGGAGCACCCAAGCCACCACGCGCUCUUUACUCAUCAUGCAUACCAUGACCCCAAGAGACGACCGUUUGCUGCAGGAAGUUCUCCUACGACCCUCAUUGAAUCUACGACGGAAAAUGCGAACCAAUUCCAGGCACUGAGUCCUUGGACAAACACGGCUAGACGAUUUCAAAACGUGGUGAACAAAUCGAUUAGAGCUGUGCUCGAAGGGCCGGAGUUAUCAGUUUUACAGCGCCUUCUAGCAACGACAUCUACGUUUAAGCUGCUAUCGCCAGUCCUUGCCCAAGAGCCACCAGAUUCAUCUCCAACGCUCGCUGAGCAUUCAUCGGAGAUACCUCAGGAGUCCCACCACUGGGGAUACGUUGCUGUCGGGUUUGGCAAAUUUCUAGUACUUAAUUUUGGUCCACCAAUUGUGUUGUGUAUUUUACUUCGUAUCAUCCAGAAUAUUGCAUUCCGAUGGUCGAACCGUACUGCAUGGCGCAAAUCGGAUCAACUGAAGAAUCGAUUUGACCAUACAGAGUACUGCGCUCUUGUGUCGGCAGCGCUUUACUUAGCGGCUGCGAGACUUCCCGAUCCAUGGAAGGUGUGCCUUGUGGUUGAUGCUGGCUGGUACCAAAAGCAACAUUGGGAUGCACACUUGGCCGCGCAGCGUCAAAUCAGGACCGGCAAUGUCGCAGAAUACCUUGUCUGCCUGUUUUCGAGCUUCCUUUUGGCAGGGGCUGUCUGUUGGGUUGCCGGUCCCUACGGCGGUGGUCUCGUGGAUUUUGUCUCUUUGAUUCCAAUCUCGUCGCUGGCCGUUGUCAAGCUUAUCACUAGUGGCAUUAUUCCGGCUCUUACAGGGAAUACUGGCCUACCUGGAUCAUGGGGCCACCAUUUGCCUCUGCCCGCAGUUACUCAACCUCCCCGUGUGAGACGACUCACCGAUAGGAAUUGA